AUGUUGAUAGCAUACGCUAUCAUUGCCACCAGUGUCUUUAGCUAUGGCUUUGACGACGCUGUUUACUCGACCAUCCAGACAAUGGACUCUUUCGAAAAGCAAUUCGGCACUUAUGAUAGCUCCACUGGGGAGUAUGGAUUCAGCACUCAGCAUUUGGCCUUCCUCAAUUCUCUUGGCCUGCCUGCAAAAGCAGCUGGCACAUUCAUCGGAUGGGCGAUUGGAGAAUACUAUGGACGUCGAACCUGCUUUAUAGGCAUGCAGCUGAUGUGCAUCAUCGGUAUCUCCGUCAGUUACAGCGCGACGACUUUCGGUCAGAUCCUUGCCGGACGGAUGAUAGUACAAUGUUUCAUUGGCUGGGAGGACUGGCUUGUGCCCAUGUUCCUCGGUGAGAUCUGUCCUACUGUGGUUCGCGGGGCGACAGUGGUGGUAUACGUCUUUGCCCACAUUUUUGGCUCGUUUAUAUGUGCUAUCAUCACGUAUGAAACGGCCAAGUUGGAGGGAAACGCUGCUUGGAAAAUCCCGAUCGGGGUGAUGUGGACGUUCCCCUGCUUCAUCUUGCUUUGCAGUUGGCUUGUCCCAGAGAGCCCUCGGUGGCUUGUCCGGAAGAACAAGAUUCAGGCGGCGACGAAACAGCUCGAAUACCUUAACAAGGGGAAGGAUGUAGAUGUUGCUGGUGAAGUGGCGUUUUUGCAAGCAGCCGUCGAGGCAAACGCGCAGACGAAAGGCUCCUGGGCUGAACUUCUCCAGGGAACCAACCGAAGAAGGACAAUGAUUGCAGUCAUGACCGCGGCUUUCAAUCAAUUGACUGGACAAUCCUUCGUCAGCCAGUAUGGCAGUCUGUUCGUCAAAUCCCUAAAAGUCAUGAACCCGUUCGCCUUCACGCUAGGAUCCCGAGGCAUCUCGACCGUGGGCCCUCUAGUUACCUUCUCCUUAGUUGACACAACUGGAAGACGGCCCAUAUAUCUGAUCGGCGGUACUAUGACCACCGCCCUACUCAUGAUCUGUGGUGGACUAGGAACAGGCACCAUAACCGACGGCAAAAAGCGUGGAGUUUGUGGAGUGCUCAUGAUGUACGGGCUGUUUUACAUCAUGUCUUUCGGAUCUAUUUCUGUCAUUACGGGCGCAGAAACUCCCCAUCUGCGACUACGCGAUAAGACCUCGGUUGUUGCCUGGCUUAUCCGGAUUGUUUGCGACUUUGCAGUCUCCUACUCUCUUCCCUACCUACUCGAUGCCCCGUAUGCCGAUCUCCAGUCCAAGGUUGGCUUUAUCUAUGGCUCCCUUGCAGCCGUGGGGGUGGCUUGCGGAUACUUCUUCCUCCCCGAGCUCACCGGACGCUCACUGGAGGAGCUGGAGGAUAUGUGGCAGCGGCGCAUCCCUGCGCGCAAGUUUGCUGACUGGGAAUCAGAUCGCACCGGAAGUAUCGGAGCCAAGGUCACCGAGAUGGAGGGUGAGACAGAGGAUGCUGAGAAGGCCAAAGGAGGCCUAUCUCGAGUAUAUAUUAAUAAGGCAUAG